AUGCGCGCUACUACUAUAUUCCAUCUACUAGGCACAGGCCUUUUGACUCCUCUUACAACAGCCCAAACACCCAGUAACUGGCCAAAGUUCUGGUAUAAGGGAGAUGUAACCAACAAAGAGACUUUCAAAUACAACCCAACCAACGAGUUCAUCUUUCCCAGUAUAUUCCAUGCAUCAGAAUACCUAAAUGACCCCCUCGGGGAGUGGUACCUUUACUAUGCACCACAUGAAAACCCAGGCGGCAUCUCACUCGUGUACUCUGAUAGUCUUGAGGGACCCUGGCAAGAAUACAGCAACAACCCAAUCAUUGCCAACAAGUGGGACUCGCAUUAUUCUGUCCCUCACGUUUCCAGCCCCGACGCAAGCUGGAACUCCGAAGCUGGUCGCAUGUUCCUUUACUUCCAUGGCGAUAACACACAAACUCGAUACGCAGAGUCUAGCAAUGGUGUAGACUUUGAGUACGGAGGCGUCGCGGUUAACAACCAAAUGGCUGGUUCCAACACCACUGAGUCAAGCUAUGCACGCGUCUUUCCGCAUCCCAACUCGGCUUCCAAGUACAACUAUGCUAUGUUCUACAUGGUCAACGAGAAGGACAACCAUCGCAAAAUUAGACUUGCCGAGUCCGCCGAUGGCCGCAAAUGGGUUGUUGACCCCGAUUAUGUCGUUGAGCCAGGUGGUGAGGAGGGUGCUGAUGUUUCAGGUGCAAACUAUUGGACGUGGGAUGGCCAAGGCUACAUCAUCUAUCAUGGCGGUACCGGGAAGAUCUAUGCUCGGACCAUUGAUACAACGCUACGAGAUGUUGGGUCCAGCCCUCUUGUUCUUUAUCAAUCUCGUGGAACUGGUGAGGAUGUCGGCCGCGCUGCGGCACCUGAUAUUGCUACCUCUGCGGGUAACACUUAUCUAUUCUAUGAGAAGGGCCAGCGUCUGGGGGCGACAAUCGCAUGGGCGAAGAUGCAGAAACAGUAA